AUGCACCACUGACACACAUUCACACACAUAGGCAUACAAAACUCAUUGAAGUUUAAAGUACUACCACCAGCAGGGUGGGGGUUUGAUGUCCAGUAUGUUGUUUUAUUUCAUCAUGAUGUGUCGCUCUUUCAGAUUAAAUACAGUUACAUCAGUGCUUCGGAUCAUAGAGAAAAUCAAUAAUAAAUGAAUUGCUUUUUUGUUUUUGUGACUUUUCUCUGUCAUAACCAGGGCAACAAAUAGUUUUACUGAACAUUAGUAAAUGUUGCAUAAUGUGCUGCUCAUUAAGAUAAAUAACUAUUAUGUCUAAAAAUGCAUAAUGGAUUGUACUCGUGAACUCUAUUAUAAUAUAAAGCUGAAUUAAGUCUACGUAAAUGCUUUGUUAAUCACUUAGCUAUGUUUGUCUGCAGUUUAAUUUGAACAAAGACAACAUGCAAUUGAUCAAAAAGAUAUGAUGAGAUGAAGCUCUGUCCAAAAAGCUGGCUUUGCUCAGCUGGUAGCCUUUGUAUUUUUGACUCAAAUUCUGCAGUCAGUAGGCUGGUCAGCACAUUAGAAUCCUUCAACAUCAGCAUGCAUAUAACAUGUGACUAGAUGGAUAUAUAUCAGUUAUCAUCUUUACAUAAAAAGAAACAUUGUCCAUCCACUUUGAGUGCAUGUGAGCUAGGCCACUAUGAACAUGCGUGAUGAACACAUUGCAAAAGAGUGCCUGAAACGCAAUGAAAAAGAAGGACCCGGGAUGUUGAUGGAGCAGGUCUCUGUAAAGAUGUGGGCACCGGUCUCUGAUUUCCCAUUGUUUGGUCAGCCUGAGUCCUAGUUAGUCCAGACCGGACAUUAGCUUGGCCAGCAUUGCUUCUAUCCUGGUUCUCUUCCCUCUCCUCCUGGGGUGACGGCAUCCACCGUGGUGGGCUGGGUGGAUUGUCUCAAUGUCUCUCUCUUAAUCCAAACCAUCAUUCUUUUCUGAUGAGAUUAGGCUAUUUCUGUCAUAGCAAUAAUGCUGCAAAAACAACAAAUGACAAAACAUUAGUUUAAUAGAGCUAGGCUACUGGCUGCAGCAUCUGAAUGUGCAGCUGUUGCCGUAUCCAGACAUCAGUCAGUAAUGUUUCAGCAAUAAAACAAAAAACAAAACACAUUAUAAAUAGGUAAUUGACCCCAUUUUUGUCAAUUGUCAGUCAAUGCAUGCAUUUAUUUACAUAGCUGCAUAAAGUGACAAAUUCCCAUAAUGAUUCAGAAAUAACAGUUGUUUUUUUUCUCCUUUCAUUUUAAAUUAGUUUAUUACUCUGGUGUAAAGCUUUGCUCAGCGCACAGUUUUGAAAAUCUGUCAUGAUUCAUAUUUAUAGUAUAUGAAAUAUAUAUUUUUUGCAUGGAAUGCUUUAUGGUUUUCGAGUUUAUUUUGAAAAUACAAACAAACUAGAAUUGGCACCUUUUGAAUUGGAUUUGGUCUUUGUUACCGUGGAAACCAUCAGUGUAUCUGUCAAACCUCUCUGUGAAGACAUCCAUUAUCCUGCAGAAGACUAUAAACUUCAUUCAAACAUUAACGAGUUGAUUCAUGGAUGGAGGAAUAUCUAGUAGAAGAUAAGAGAUAUACCAGUGGCAAAAUGAGUUCAUCAGCAGAGACCUGCAAUACCCCAGAUAGACCUCAGGAUGGGGAUGAGGACAGUAUUAGUGGAGAACAGCUGUAUCAACAUCAGUGUAUCCACACUGGAGAAAAGCCACACCUCUGUGACCAGUGUGGGAAGAGUUUCACGCUAUCAUCGAGUUUGAAGUCUCACCGCAGUAUCCACACUGGCGAAAAACCAUAUUCCUGUGGCCAGUGUGGGAAGAGUUUCAGGCUAUCAUCGAGUUUGAAGUCUCAUCGGAGUAUCCACACUGGCGAAAAACCAUACUCCUGUGGCCAGUGUGGGAAGAGUUUCAGGCUAUCAUCGAGUUUGAAGUCUCAUCGGAGUAUCCACACUGGCGAAAAACCAUACUCCUGUGGCCAGUGUGGGAAGAGUUUCAGGCUAUCAUCGGGUUUGAAGUCUCAUCGGAGUAUCCACACUGGCGAAAAACCAUACCUCUGUGAACAGUGUAAGCGUAGUUUUAGUCGUUUGUCACAUUUGAAGACUCAUCAACUCGUCCAUUGUGGAGAAAAGCCACACCUCUGUUACCAGUGCGGGAAGAGUUUCAGAAACUCAUCGAGUUUGAAGAUUCAUCAACGGAUCCACACUGGAGAAAAGCCAUGCCUCUGUGACCGGUGUGGGUGUAGAUUCAGACAGUUAUUACAUUUGAAGGAUCAUCAGCUCACCCAUUCUGGAGAAAAGCCACACCUCUGUGACAAGUGUGGGAAUAGUUCCUGUCACUUGGAUGACUUGAAGGUUCAUCACUGUAUCCACGCUGGAGAAAAGCCUCAUCAGUGCAUUAAUACAGUUUAGAAAGUAUAUUUGACUGGUACUGUAUGAAACAAUUGGCUGUUAAAAGAUGACAUGUGGAAACGUCAUGAAA